AAAUCAAACAGUGACUCUCAUGUUCCAGAACCUUCCGACAACAGGUCUAUGGAAAUGCAGGACCUAGCCAGUCCUCAUAAUCGCGUGGGCGGCGGUGGCGAUUCCAAACUGGACAAGAACAACCUGGAAAGCCCGUCCACGGUCACCGCUAAUGGAACGGGAGGUGAGAACAUGACAGUUCUAAACACGGCGGAAUGGCUGCUGGGCUGUAGCAGCCCGCCUCCGCCGCCGACCUCCAAGGACUAUGUGAAGACAGAGCCCAUGAACAACAACGAUGCAGUGACCACGACAGGCGACGCCGUAUUGGACUCGUACGCCGGCUCAGUCAUUACUAGCAGUGGAUACAGUCCUCGCUCGGCGCACCAGUACUCUCCUCCCCUCUACCCGUCAAAGCCGUACCCUCACAUCCUAUCCACGCCGCCCGCCCCGUCCAUGCCGGCGUACGCGGGCCAGCCGCAGUUCGGCGGCAUGCAGCAGUCCGCCGUCUACACGUACUCGCAAACGGGGCAGGCUUACGGACUUUCCGGCUACGACCUGGGCGUGAUGCUGCCGGGCAUCAAAACGGAAAGCGGCCUAGCCCAGAGUCAGUCUCCUCUCCAGACGGGCCUCAGCUAUAGCCCGGGAUUCACUACGCCUCAACCCGGACAGACGGCCUACUCGCCCUAUCAGAUGCCAGGUUCAAGUUUCACCCCUUCCUCAGGCCUCUACGCCACCAACAAUUCUGUGUCCAGUCCCGCCAACUACACCGCAACACAGCAGGAAUAUCCCUCGUAUACAAGCUUUGGCCAAAAUCAGUACGCGCAGUAUUAUUCCGCCUCUACGUACGGGACGUAUAUGACGCCCGGCGGCGUGGAUGGCAGCGGCGCUACCGUCGCCGCCUACCAGCUUCAAGACCCCACGCCGGCCAUGACGGGACAGGCGGCAGAGCUUCACCCAGGGGACUUUGAGACGGUGCAGCGGCCCUCCACUCCCAUCAAGGACCUGGACGAGCGAGCGUGCCGGAGCGGUGGCGGCACAAAGUCGCGGGGACGGAGUAGGAAGAACAAUCCCUCACCGCCACCUGACAGCGAUCUAGAGAGGGUUUUCGUGUGGGAUCUGGACGAGACCAUCAUCGUCUUCCAUUCUCUGCUCACAGGUUCCUACGCACAGAAAUACGGAAAGGACCCGCCCAUGGCAGUCACGUUAGGGCUGAGGAUGGAGGAGAUGAUCUUCAACUUGGCUGAUUCGCAUUUGUUCUUCAACGAUUUGGAGGAGUGCGAUCAGGUACAUAUUGAUGACGUAUCGUCCGACGACAACGGGCAGGACUUAAGUACUUACAGUUUUGCAACUGAUGGCUUCCAUGCAGCUGCGACCAGCGCCAACCUGUGCCUGGCCACGGGCGUCCGCGGCGGCGUCGACUGGAUGAGGAAGCUGGCUUUCCGCUACAGGCGCGUCAAAGAGUUGUAUAGCACGUACAAAAACAAUGUGGGGGGUCUGCUGGGUCCCGCCAAACGAGACGCCUGGUUGCAGCUGCGAGCCGAAGUGGAAGCGCUGACAGACUCCUGGUUGACGCACGCGCUCAAGUCGCUGUCCAUCAUCAGCUCCAGGAGUAACUGCGUCAACGUGCUGGUGACCACCACGCAGCUCAUACCGGCGCUGGCAAAAAUUCUCCUGUACAGUCUGGGGUCGGUGUUCCCCAUCGAGAACAUCUACAGUGCGACAAAAAUAGGCAAAGAGAGCUGUUUUGAGCGUAUAGUGUCCCGCUUUGGCACUAACAUUACAUAUGUUGUGAUUGGCGAUGGCAAGGAUGAGGAGCAUGCGGCCGGCCAGCACAACAUGCCCUUCUGGAGAAUAUCCAGCCACUCUGACCUGCUGGCGUUACAUCAAGCACUGGAGUUCGAGUACCUGUAA